AAUCAGAGUGUGAUUGCACAUAGUCAGUUGAAGGGUAGGAAGCUACAGGACAGAGUCUGUCAGUCAGUAGUGCUGGUGCUCAGAGUAGUGAGCUAGAGGUUAGAGUCAGACGGCUUAGAGUUGGGAGUUUUGCUUGGACUCUGGUGCAACUACAAAGUGUUUUGGACAUAUUGUUGGUUAUUGUGGGACAUAUCACCAUUGACUGUCUUCCUGAGGUGACCCUGUAGCUUAAGGCAUGCUGUUAAGGCUAGGUCUCCUCAGCCUACUGGCUCUCUCUCCCUCUCUGGCUGCCCCACACCAAGGCUCCCUCCCUGGAGUGGAUUCUCCCCACAGGAGCUCCAGAAACAACAAGCUGCUGCUCAUCUCAUUCGAUGGGUUCCGUUGGGACUAUGACAGGGACGUGGACACCCCUCAUUUGGACACGAUGGGCCGGGACGGCGUCAGGGCUGCCUACGUCACACCCCCCUACCUCACCAUCACCAGCCCCACACACUUCACCCUGCUCACAGGUCGGUACAUAGAGAACCAUGGAGUGAUCCACAAUAUUUGGUUCAACACUACGACCCAGGAGAAGAAACAGUACUACAUGACCCAGUUUGUGGAUUCCUACUGGGACAACGGGAGUCUUCCCAUCUGGAUAACAGCGCAGAGACAAGGUCUGAAGGCAGGCUCCCUCCACUUCCCCGGUACGGCCGCCACCUACAAAGGUGAGAGAGUAAAGGUCAGCCAGGUGGAACCUCGUUUCUAUGAGCACAACAAUGAGACGGACUGGAGGAUCAAUAUCGACAAGGUGAUUGGUCAGUGGUUCUCCAAGGAGGACCUAGACUUUGUGUCUUUGUACUUCGGUGAACCAGAUGCAACGGGACACAAGUAUGGACCAGAUUCCCCGGAGCGCCGGGAGAUGGUCCAACAAGUGGACCGGACCGUGGGAUACAUCCGUGAUACCACCCGGAAUCACGGCCUCUCCGAUCGGCUCAACAUCAUUAUCACGGCUGAUCACGGAAUGACCACUGUGCUCCGGAAUGGCCUGGUCGACGAGAUCAUCCUGUCCAAGAUUCCAGGAUUUGACUUCCGGGAUAUCAAGUUCCAACUGGUGGAUUAUGGACCAUCAGGAAUGCUUCUUCCCAAAGAGGGAAUGCUGGAGAAGGUGUACCAGGCCCUGAAAGGGGGCCACCCUCACCUGCAUGUGUAUAAGAAGGAGGACAUGCCUGGUAGGCUUCACUAUAGUAACCACCCUCGCCUCCUGCCCCUGAUUCUCUUCGCUGAUCAAGGAUAUGUCAUCAAUGGCUUUUUCCCAGUCCAGUACAACAAGGGAGAGCACGGCUAUGAUAACCAGAUGAUGGACAUGAAGCCGUUCUUCAGAGCUGCGGGGCCUGACUUCCAGAAGAACCUGGCUGUGGGACCCUUUGAGACGGUCAAUGUGUACCCGCUGAUGUGCCACCUCCUGGGCAUCAAACCGGAGGUCAACGAUGGGUCCCUGGAGGUCACCCGCCAGAUGCUGGUUCCCAAGAAGGACCAGGGAUCCUAUGAGAACAGGGACAUCCAGUGGGAUGUCUUCAUCGGCCUGUCAUCGGUUGCUGGUAUAUUAGCUCUGGUGUUUGUUGUCACCACAGCUCAUGCCAUGUUGAAAAGGACUAAAAUGGACAAAAGAUCUGAAGUCACCCACGAGGAUCUCAAUGAAAAAGAGUCCGAUAAACAAACCUCCUUUUGAAAACCAUUACCUUUGUGGGCAGUCAUUUGUUUAACAAGUUAUUGGGCUUCUGUGUGAUUUGAGUGCUAAUGUCCUAGUUUAACCAAAUAGAAUGUCGUUUUUAUACCAAUGCAAUAUAAAUCUGUAUCAGUGUAUCAGGGAUACCAACACCCUAACUCUAACCCUAGCUCUAACCCUGGCUUCAUGUCCACACCCGGUUCAACCCUACAGUAUGUUACAAAACCAAUAACAAGCUUAUUGAUUUUGCUGCACUCGUUAUGUCUAAGGGUCUUAGGCCUACAUGGUCUGUAACCUGGUAGCUACAUGGUCUGUAACCUGAUUUUAUGUGUGCAUAAAUGUGAGAGGUAUGCGUAUGCGACCAGGUGUCGGAUGCAUGUAUGCAGAAGAUAGCAACCUUAACUUGGAGCUAUACAGUAGAGCUAUGCAAACACCACAAUCGAGUUCCUUUGAACACUGAGUUAAAUGGGGAACACUGCAGCAUAGUUAAAUAUUUAACACUUUCAAAAGUGUUAUUUUAACACCAGUACACCGUGCUUCUUUCACAUGCAUUGCUUGCUGUUUGGGGUUUUAGGCUGGGUUUCUGUACAGCACUUUGAGAUAUCAGCUGAUGUACGAAGGGCUAUAUAAAUAAAUUUGAUUUGAUUUGAUACAGUGGACUCAUAUGUUCACUGAAUAGUGUAUGUUUUACACUUUCAGAGUUAAAGGUACACCAUUGAUUUUACUGUGCAGCUGCCCAAUCAGAUUAUUGUUAUUUCUAAAUGAUGACCGAAAUACAGUACUGUAUAUACAAAAAUAAACCAAAGGUCACAUUGCCACCAAGAAAAAAACCUGCAGCCUCCCAAGUCUGCAAGCUUACACACUAAUCUCCCCUACAACGGCAAAAUGCAGUAACUACCCUUUUGGUCAAAAUUGAGUUAAGACUGAAAUCAGGCUCUGUAGCAUCUGUAUUUUAUUCUUGUGACAAUGUGUCCUGGUUCAAUUUUGUUCAGUCAGAGAAAAUGGAAUGUGAAAUUUGCAGUAACUGCAAAAUACAAGUAGAAACCAAGGCAAACAGCAGUAACUAAAGUUACUGCACUUUGGCUUAGUUCCAGCAUGUUUUGACUGCAGUAACUACACUACCGUUCAAAAGUUUGGGGUCACUUAGAAAUGUCCUUGUUUUUGAAAGAAAACCAAUUUUUUUGUCCAUUAAAAUAACAUCAAAUUGAUCAGAAAUACAGAAUAGACAUUGUUAAUGUUGUAAAUGACUAUUGUAGCUGUAAACGGCAGAUUUUGCUUUUUUAGGGAAUAUCUACAUAGGCGUACAGAGGCCCAUUAUCAGCAACCAUCACUUCUGUGUUCCAAUGGCACGUUGUGUUAGCUAAUCCAAGUUUAUCAUUUUAAAAGGCAAAUUGAUCAUUAGAAACCCCUUUUGCAAAUAUGUUGGCACAGCUGAAAACUGUUGUCCUGAUUGAAGAAGCAAUAAACUGUCCUCCUUUAGACUAGUUGAGUAUCUGGAGCAUCAGCAUUUGUGGGUUUGAUUACAGGCUCAAAAUGGCCAGAAACAAAUAACUUUCUUCUGAAGCUCGUCAGUCUAUUCUUGUUAUGAGAAAGGAAGGCUAUUCCAUGUGAGAAAUUGCCAAGAAACUGGAGAUCUCGUACAACUCUGUGUACUACUCCCUUCACAGAACAGCGCAAACUGGCUCUAACCAGAAUGGAAAGAGGAGUGGGAGGCCCCGGCUACACAACUGAGCAAGAGGAUAAGUGCAUUAGAGUGUUUCGGUUGAGAAAAGUUUUUUUUUUUUAACAUGUUAUCUUUUUCACUUCACCAAUUUGGACUAUGUUGUGUAUGUCCAUUACAUGAAAUCCAAAUAAAAAUCCAUUUAAAUUA